CCACCGCGCCCAAUCUAUGGAGUUCCUCCCAAUCGGCGGCGAGGAUUCAGAGCGGGUUUGCGCAUCGUCGGCCGUGGAGAAGGAGCACAUGUUCGAGAAGGUGGUGACCCCGAGCGACGUGGGGAAGCUGAACCGCCUGGUCAUCCCCAAGCAGCACGCCGAGCGCUACUUUCCGCUCGACGGCGCCGCCGCUGCGGCGGCUGCGGCUAACGGAAGCGGCAAGGGGAUGGUGCUGAGCUUCGAAGACCGCGCGGGGAAGGCGUGGCGGUUCCGGUACUCGUACUGGAAUAGCAGCCAGAGCUACGUGAUGACCAAGGGCUGGAGUCGCUUCGUCAAGGAGAAGCGCCUCGGCGCUGGCGACACCGUCCUCUUCGGCCGCGGGGGCGUCGGCGAGGGCCGUCGCCUCUUCAUCGAUUUCCGUCGCCGACGCCCGGCCUACGUGUUCCCGCCGCCGGCGACUUCUUCGUCGUUGCAUUGCCUGGCGGCGCCUCUCCCUCCGUGCCGCUCUGUACGUGCCGCACUGGAGGUACCGUCGAGGCAGAAGCGGGUCCGGCUGUUCGGCGUGAACCUCGACUGCCCGCCGGCCCUGGAGGAAGGCGGCGUGUGCGGAGUCACGCAUACGGUGGCGCCGACGCUCCUGCAACAACUGCUGCCAUCGCCGUCAUCGUCUACGUCGUCCACGGCGGGGAAGGAGGCGUGCUCCUUGGAUCUUGGACUGUGA